AUACUUUCCUACUGUGUGCAAUGGUUUUGCACAGAGCAGCUUGGAUCCUUCUCUUCUUGGGUCCCCCGCAGGUUCUCUUGGCUCCUCCUUUCUGUUGGGUGCCCCCACAGCAAGCAGCUUGCUAUGGGGGCACCCACUGCUCCAUGUGUCCAUUCACCGGAGCCAUGCCAAUGAGAAGGCAGAGACCCGGGACAGCCGAGGCUGUUCACAUCGCUAGAUCGCGAUGAGGCUCAGAUAAGUAUUGAAGGGGCUUGGGGGGUACUGCUGCACACUGAAGGUUUUUUACCUUCAUGCAUAAAAUGAAAAGGUGAAUGA